AUGUUUGCUUAUGGUAAUGCUUGUGUUGAAGACCCUGUAACUAGAACCCGAUGGCCUGAUGGAACGCCCAAGUCCCGGGCUCGGUCGGAACGAGUCUAUCGACCGGCUAAUAAAAAGGAAUGGAGAAGUGUCUAUUGGCUACUUGAACGUGUUCCCUCAGGUGAAAUUUCCAGGUCCAAUGACAUACCCAUAGAGGUGCGCGACGGUGUGGUUCUCAAAUACCGCAAAAAGGCCAGGAAACAGUACUCCUUUAGCGCCACCAAAUACGGCGAAGAUGCAGCCAAAAGAAAGGCUGAAGCUAUCCUCCAAUUCAUCGACCUCACUGGCCUUCUCCCGCCCUCCUGCGUCGUAACAGCUGGUACUCUGCGAGGAUCUAAACAACAAAAGAGUAAAGAGCCAGUCCCCAGGUUGUCCGAAGAUGCAGCCAGCUCCCACAGAUCGUCCGAGGAUGCCGCCAGCUCUUUCGAGGAUGUCGAAGGCGUCUCUGGAAAUCCAAAAUCUACGAUCUCCUGGACACAAGACGGCCCGUCUAGCGCCUGGACACAAGACUCUCCAGGUCAUAGUGAGGAGAAGUCAGGCAUGACUGAUAAGCCGGGUGGGUCAGGUGAGAAGUCUCAUGAUAAGUCGGGAGUUAAGAAGCCCGGUUCUAAGGCAAGCGGUGCAAAGCAGGGUAGGUCGGCAGCUGUCAAGUCGGGAGCUGCCAAGUUGGGAGGUUUCAAGUCGGGUGGUACCAAGUCUGUUGGCCCCAAGUCCGGUUGUGCCAAACGGAACACAAGACUGCAUGCAGAGAGAGCCGCGCAUCAAUCAGAAAUGUCGGAGGAAGAUUGUCUCCUUCCAGGGUACCCCUUGAAUCCAGCGCCAGCACCCACAUGGCAGGUCCCUGCGGCUAUUUCUAAUUCCCUUCCGCCAGGCGGCCUAGGAAGCAAUUCCCCCGCGAACGUUCCCGAGUUUGAGGGACUAGUCGGAUACUCAACCUAUUCCCCAGAAACAAUCUCAACGACUUAUUCCCCAGAACCGCUCAGACCGGCCGGAAAAGGGCUUUCCGAAGCGUCCCGGUUUAUGAUAAGCGCUCCUCCAUGUUUUCGUUCGCUUGACCCCAGUAGGUUUCGCGUACAAGACAGCAACAGCGCCGGUUCUCCUUCUUCCUCGGAAUCAAUCGACUUGGAAUAUUUGAGACGUAUGUGGAAAUAUGAGACAGAAUCAAACACAACAGCAACAUCAACCAGGCUCAGUUCCAACGCGACCUCCUCCGAAGCGAUGAUGUACAAGUUCCGAACCUCAGCCUCCAUGCAAGUUGAACCGGAAUACCGUACGGGUGCGGAGUACCGUACGGGUGCGGAGUACCGUACGGGUGCGGAGUACCGAACUGACUUCGACCGUCCCAUGGGUUUCGACCGCUUGAAUGACUCCUGUUUGGUCACUGACUCGACCAUGGCGGUGGACUUGGACCAACACUUCGUGUCCCCCGGCGCUGGACUUGUUGACGGCGGAAUACCAGGAAGCAUUCUGUCGUCCAACCUUCCUGGCUGCCCAGGACCCUAUGGACAAAGCCCCUUCCCCUAUAAUGCAUUCGCCUAUCUGGUCAGCAUGCCAGCCACUAUCACCGGAGGUCGGGAUUUGCUAGAAGACGAAGAAGUACCCGGAUGA